AUGACCCAUCCUAAUGCUCAAAACCCAUAUGCAGAACCUGGCCAACAUACUCCUCAACAACAAGUUGCGCGAGCUCCUAAUGCUCGAAACCCAAAUGCAGAACUUGGCCAACAUACUCCUCAACAACAAGUUGCCCAAGCUCCUAAUGCUCAAAACCCAAAUGUAAAGGCUGACGAUCAUGAACAUUGGCGACGACGAAUGAAAGCCGCACCGACUGCUGCUAGCAUGGACGACCAAACUAGACGAGAUGAACAGAGCGAAGUUGCUGAAUUCGCUGGGGGAAAGUUGACACUCUUCGCGAAGACCGCCAUUCUAGACGCUUUUUCCAUAAAACCACUAGGAACGCGAGAAGGUGUCCAAGAUCUUUUAUUUGAAGAGACCAAACUGCGAUACAAUAUGGAAAAGCUAAAGGACUGGUUCGAGGCAGAGGCGGACCAUCUCAUAAAGGAAAUACGAUGUGCUAAUCCGGCAAGGUAUAAUAAGCAUAAUGAUAGACAUGGUUAUGGUAUCCCACUUCAAGGAGGCUCUGAAAGAUUGAGUCCGGGGACCAAAUUCGAAAUUGAGUUCGAUCCAGGUCGCCACCAGGUUGGUCAAUUCUAUUCAGCACAAAGACUCGAUGAUAUUGCAAAUGGCCGGAUCUAA